CCGUUAGCCAGAUGGGAAGUAGCUGCUACGUUUGCAGAAGUGGCUAAUGGCUGACUGUGCUCUGGAACUAUUGGGUUUGGCAGCUGUACGUGUGCAUUGAGCAGUUUUAUAACCAGGCAUAGAGCUGUAGCCACUAAACAGGAAGUGACUCUGGGUAACUUUAUCAAAGCAGGUGUCUCCAUUGCAGUAACUGACUAGCUCACUAAUAACAUAUGAGAUGGACAACGACAAGAAAAAAAACAUUGUGAUGAUCCUGAAUCACGCUGUGGAGAUCAUCUUUCUGCUAGCUGAAGAGGUCUCGCUCUUGCAGUAUCUAACCACCUCACUGUUGAUGAGCAAAAUGAAAACAGGUAAAAAGAAAAUGACCGAGAGCAUUUUGGAUCACGCUCAGGAGAUCAUCGUCCUGCUGACCAGAGAGGUGCCUAUAAAGUGCGACGAUGUUGCCGUCUCUUUCUCUAUGGAGGAGUGGGAGUAUAUAGAGGGACACAAGGAGUUUUACAAAGACGUAAUGACUGAGAAACCCAAAACCCCCAUUGAACUGGAGAUCAUGGAAAACAAGACCACAAGUGAUAAAAGUGUAGAUACCGUGUCCGUUUGUGAGAACGAUGCGGGCGAGAGAAAGAAAAAUGAGGCCCAGGAAGUAAAAUCUCACGCUGGUCCUGGUGAAGGUGAUAAAAAACAGGCGCCUGUGUCAAUAAGUGAGGAUAACGCGGAGAAGAGAGAGGAACGACGGGUUCAGCAGGAGGAAAUACUAUCAGAUCACAAUACAGGAUUACCAGGUUGUCCUAAUCUGGGUUCCGCAUCUGUUAGGGAGGAGCAGAUAAAUGAGACGGAUACGCAAAAUAUCCAACAGAUGGAACCCCAGUCAGACUACAGUGCCGAAAUACCGAGUCUUCUAGAGGAAAAUCUAGAUAUUAUAUCAAUAAGUGAAGAAGAAGAUGAGACGGAUGAAAAGGAUAUUCAGCAAGUGGAGAUUCAGUCGAAUCCCAGUGCAGACCUCCAGGAUGAAAAUCUAGAAAUUGUAUCAAUUAGUGAGGAAGAAGAUGAUGAAAGAGAUGAAAAUAAUUUUCAGCAGAUGGAAGCCCAACCUGAGAUGUGCGGAGAUGGGCCUAUGAGCUGGGAUACCACAGAGAGACAUCACUUCCCUCUUCAUUCAAUGCAUUCUAUGAUGGAUGACCCGAGCGUUCCCCACAACUUUCAGACGACAAACUACGUUAGACGAAAUAUGAUAAACACAGAGCUCAUGACACAAAUGCAAAGUAUGGCUGAUGACACCAAUUUAAGUGAAGAAUAUUUCGACCUACACCAGAGAAUGCGUAUAGCAGAUAAACAGUUUGCUUGUGACGUUUGUGGUAAAUGUUUUAGCCAGAAAUCAUAUCUUGUAACACACCAAAGGGUUCAUACAGGAGAGAAACCAUUUUCAUGUUACGUAUGUGGCAAAUGCUUCAGUCAGAAGUCACAUCUUGUUAUACAUCAAAGGAUUCAUACUGGGGAAAAACCAUUUGCAUGUUUUGAAUGCGGAAAACGUUUCAGCCGAAAGUCGCAUCUAGUUCAACAUAAUAGCACUCACACAGGAGAAAAACCAUUCGCUUGUACUGAAUGCACAAAAUGUUUUAAUCGAAAAUCUCUUCUUCGUAAACAUCAAAAAACUCACACAAAUCCCUCGAGCGGACUUGAACCUGGACCUCUUGAUCUCCGUCCUCUUCAGACAACUUCACAACAUUCUUUUUCGGAUCAAUCGUCUAUAAACGUUCAGAACUGGAAUCUUCCAGAAAAUCCAAAUUGGUUUGAAUCCUAAAUUGCAUGAUUUAGAAAUGGAACUGACAUCAAUUGUAAAAAUAUAUUCACUAAAUAAUAAUAAGUAUAUUAUAAAUUAUAUAGAAGUCUUUUUACCGCCCCUAUUUUAUGUCUGGUAUUCUAGAAUGCAAUUCCAUUUUAUAGGACCACUAAAUACAGUCAAAUUUAAUACCCAGCAAAUGCAUAAUAAAAAGACAAUGCAACAGCACUUACUUUGAAUUUGAAAUGAGCAGUAGAACAUUUCCUGGCACAUUUCAAAGUGAAUCCAAUCCCCCCCUGUAUCAUGUGACAACCAUCAGCCAAUCACAAAACGCAUACACAUAUAUACUCUGCACUUUUGUACAAGCUCAGUAGCAAAUGGAGCCAAAGAAAGUGUGAAAAUAAAAAGUGCAUGUUUUCGUAA